GAAGCGGAAGCGCCGAGUCUCCAUGGCGGCGGCGGCAGCGGUGGCGGCGGGGCCGGUGCUCUGGAGGCGGCUGCUGGGCCUGCUGCCCGGUCGCCCCGGGCUGGCCGCGCUCCUGGGGCGCCUGUCCGACCGCCUGGGCAGGAACCGGGACCGCAGGCGCAGGAGGUCACCAUGGCUGCUGUUGGCCCCUGUGCUGUCCCCCGCGGUCCCCCAGGUCACCUCCCCUCCUUGCUGCCUGUGUCCGGAGGGUGUGCACAGGUUCCAGUGGAUCCGGAACCUGGUCCCAGAGUUCGGUGUCUGCAGCUCGCACGUCAGGGUGCUUUCCUCCCCGGUGGAGUUUUUUGAGCUCAUGAAGGGCCAGAUAAAAGUGGCCAAGAGACGGGUCGUGAUGGCGUCUCUCUACCUGGGGACAGGUCCUCUCGAGCAGGAACUGGUAGAUUGCCUGGAAAGCACGCUAGAAAGGUCACUCCAAGCAAACUUUCCUUCAGACCUCAGGGUGUCCAUCCUCUUGGACUUUACACGGGGCUCAAGAGGUAGGAAGAACUCGCGCACGAUGCUGCUCCCGCUGUUACGGAGAUUUCCCGAGCAGGUUCGUGUCUCGCUCUUCCACACGCCCAACCUCCGGGGGCUUCUCCGGCUCCUCAUCCCCGAGCGCUUCAAUGAGACCAUCGGCCUGCAGCACAUCAAGGUGUACCUCUUUGACAACAAUGUCAUUUUGAGUGGCGCGAACCUGAGCGACUCCUACUUCACCAACCGCCAGGACCGCUACGUGUUCUUGCAGGACUGCCCCGAGGUCGCGGACUUCUUCACGGAGCUCGUGGACGCCGUGGGGGACGUGUCCCUGCAGCUGCAGGGGGACGACUCGGUGCAGGUGGUGGAGGGGAUGGUGCACCCGUACAAAGGUGACCGGGCUGCGUACUGCAGGGCGGCCAACAAGAAGGUCAUGGAUGUGAUAAACUCGGCCAGGGCCCGCCAGCAAGUGCUGCACGCCCAGACCUUCCACGGCGACUCCCUUUUGGCCCAGGAGGACGCAGCGGCCGCUGGUGACCGGAGGCCGGCCCCCGACACCUGGAUUUACCCGCUGAUCCAGAUGAAGCCCUUUGAGAUCCAGAUCGACGAGAUUGUCACCGAGACCCUGCUGACAGAGGCUGAGCGGGGCGCCAAGGUCUACCUCACCACCGGCUACUUCAACCUGACCCAAGCCUACAUGGACCUGGUCUUGGGCACGCGGGCCGAGUACCAGAUCUUGUUGGCCUCCCCAGAGGUCAACGGCUUCUUCGGGGCCAAGGGGGUGGCCGGUGCCAUCCCGGCUGCCUAUGUGCACAUCGAGCGGCAGUUCUACGGCGAGGUGUGCAGCCUGGGGCAGCAGGAGCGGGUGCGGCUGCAGGAGUACCGGCGCAGGGGCUGGACGUUCCACGCCAAAGGCCUCUGGCUGUACCUGGCAGGGAGCGCCCUGCCCUGCCUCACGCUGAUUGGCUCUCCUAAUUUUGGGUACAGGUCGGUUCACCGGGACCUGGAGGCCCAGAUCGCCAUAGUGACGGAGAGCCGGGCCCUGCAGCAGCAGCUUCACCAGGAGCAGGAGCAGCUUUACCUGCGCUCAGGUGUGGUGUCCUCCGCCACCUUCGAGCAGCCCAGCCGGCAGGUGAAGCUCUGGGUGAAGAUGGUGACUCCGCAGAUCAAGAACUUCUUCUGAGGAUGGACAGGAAUGGCCUUGAUGAAGAUGACGGGCAUGGCUGGCGUCAGCUCCUUCAGCCUUGCUUCGGCGAUGACUCCAGUCUGGGUGUCCCAG